GAGUCGGGCCCGGCCUGGGAAGUGUGAGGUACCGGUACUGUUCGCGGGGUUUACGGGGCGGGCAGCGUCCAUGAGUGCGGGGCUGGAAGCAGUUGUGACGGCGAGAACUUGCCCGGUGCGUGCCUCCUAGGAGCUCCGUAGUGAAAUCUUCAUACUAGCCUCUGGAACUCCAGUUGCUACAGGUGGAAGAAGGUCCAUAUCUCUUUCUGUGGGUGCUUCAGGCCUCUUUGGAAGUGGAGGCAACCACGAGAAGGAGAAGCUUUCCCUUCAGGAUAUUGCUGAGAUGAUUCGUGCCAGAGCCUGCCAGAGAGUCGUGGCCAUGGUUGGGGCUGGCAUUAGCACACCCAGUGGCAUUCCAGACUUCAGAUCUCCUGGGAGCGGCCUUUACAGCAACCUCCAGCAAUACAACAUCCCAUAUCCUGAGGCCAUUUUUGAACUUGAAUUUUUCUUUCACAACCCCAAGCCCUUUUUCACUUUGGCCAAGGAGCUGUACCCUGGGAACUAUAGGCCCAAUGUCACUCACUACUUCCUCCGACUGCUCCAUGACAAGGGUCUGCUCCUGCGGCUCUAUACACAAAACAUCGAUGGGCUUGAGAGAGUAUCUGGCAUCCCUGCGGGAAAGCUGGUUGAAGCUCAUGGAACUUUCGCCUCAGCUACCUGCAUAGUCUGUCGAAGGUCCUUCCCAGGGGAGAACUGCUGGGCUGAAGUGAUGGCAGAUAGGGUGCCCCGCUGCCCUGUCUGCACUGGUGUUGUGAAGCCUGACAUUGUGUUCUUUGGGGAGCCGAUGCCUCAGAGAUUCUUGCUGCACCUGGCUGAUUUCCCCUUGGCAGAUCUGCUGCUCAUCCUUGGUACCUCUCUGGAGGUGGAACCUUUCGCCAGUUUGUCUGAGGCUGUACGAAGCUCAGUGCCACGACUGCUUAUCAACCGAGAACUGGUGGGGCCCUUUGCUUGGCGUCCUCGUAGGAGGGAUGUUGCCCAGCUGGGGGAUGUGGUUCACAGUGUGGAAAAGCUGGUGGACCUUCUUGGUUGGACAGAAGAACUUCAGGAUCUUGUUCAGCGGGAAACUAGAAAGGUAUAGCCCACUGAGCUCUGGGGUUUGACCACCAGAUUGGACUUUGAAGGCCUUUUCCUAGCCUGAUUCCAGUUUCUGUACAUAAGGAGAUUUAUGGAUCUUGGGAGUGGCCUGACAGAACUUGGCUUGUUCCCUAGCACCACAGGGGUUUAUAAUAUGAUGCGGUGUGUUUUCACAGGCUUUUCUUAAGAAUUACCACUCAAGGUUACUUCUCCAAAGCAUUCUAUUUUUGUUUGUACAUGUGGGCAUCAGCACAGAGUUCUUAAAAUCCUUUGGGACAAGGCAUUACAUUUGGCCACCCUGUUCUACCAGGCCUGCUGGGAUCUCUUGUUUACAAAGACAAGAGCUUCUGUUUUAUACUUUGCUUGUCUUGAGUGAUGUUUGAGGCAGGCCUGGAUGAGCAUGCAGUUAACUGGCACUCUUUCAUCUUUGUACCAGCUGGAUGGAUGGGACAGAUAGGGCAGUGCUUAUCCUACAGGAGGAACUACCAUACAGUAAAGAUUCACAUCCCAUUUCUAGUGAGACAGCGUGCCUGAAGAUGGCUUGGGCAGGUUCACAAAUCUUGGCAAAAGCAGAAUAUAGCCUGAGCAGGAGUGAACAUCUGAGGCUGCUGCUGGAAUUUCUUCAUGGGUAGAGUGUGUUUCACAUCACACACAUGGACAACAAAGAGCUGCUUACUUGCCUGUCUUCUUCGUCUAAUUCUUCACUCUUCUGAAGCUUGUAACGUACAACACUGUCUGUUACUGGGGCUCUCGAACUAAGACUUACUGGAUCCUGGAACAGGUGUAUUUUAUUGUACCCAGGCUGUCUGGAGGGCGGUUCAGCAUGUCUGUCCCAAGACUCAGGUCUGAGCCUUGUCACCUUUGGCACCCUAGCAAUGCACUAGGGUUGUCUAGCAUGUCAAUCUCUACAGUAGUUAUUUUUAACCAGUAAAUUUCUCACAUGAAAUAAAUUCAAUACAAAACCAAUCA